AUGACAGAACUCACCUUCAAACUAAAGACUGAACCUGAAGAUAAACUUGUAUUCAAAUACAAGGAUGAGAAAACCGUUGUUCUCGAGUUAAAAGUGAAGAAUGUUUUGGAAAAUCGCCAAACCAUCAAGGUUAAAUGCACAGAUAAUAGUCUUUUCCGUGUUCGUCAUCCUCUCAGUUUCAUCAAAGCAGGGGAAACAGCAACUGUUGUGAUCACUGCAAAGCUAGAAAACUUGAAAGAUCCUUCUGGACACUACUUUGCCAUAUAUCAUAUGGCAUGUGAUGAUAUGGAGAAGACUGCUCGUGAGGUGUGGACUGCCGAAUCCAAACCAGAGGGUGUGCAUAGAAUUCCUGUUGUGUUCGAGAAAGAAACAGAAGCGGAAAAAGAUAAGAAUGAAGAAGUGAAAGCCGUCAAGAACGAAGGUGAAGAGAAGAACGAAGAAAAAAAUGAGGAAAAGAAGGAGGAAGAAAAGAAGGAAGAAGAGAAGAAAGAAGAAGAACAGAAGGACACUUCGGAGAGCAAGAAGAAGGAUGAAUCAAAAGAGUAG